AUUACUGUUCUGCUUUAGCAAGAAUGUAUUUUGGUAAAAGGUGUAACCAAGGUAUAUAAAGAAUCAUGUUCCUCUGUGUGACCAGACCAGUUUUCAUCAUGAAGACGCUAGUGUGUGCUUUCAUUGUGGUGCUCCUCUGCAGUGCAUCAGUGCACUCGCUGACAUGCUACACCUGUGUGGAUGGGGACUGCAAGACCCCAACUGAAUGCCCCACCUCAAGCAAUUUCUGCAAAACGGUUUCAACACCAACUGUGUUCUCCCGGACAUGUGAGGAGUUCUGUGUGCCUGGAGUGAACGUCUACUGCUGCACUUCUGAUCUGUGUGACUGAUCUCUAAAUGUCACCAAUCUAGUUGAUCUACUGUCCUUGAGUCAGGCACUAAUGUUCAUUGUAAUAGCAUAGUAGCACUGGGUUACUGUAGGUGUAUGCUUUAUUUGAAAUCCACUGUUUAAGUUUUUUUUUUUUCUUUUCUUUUUUUUUUUUCAAAUUCUUUUUCCAUCUGACUCAAACAUGGAUUGUUUUACAUAUCACUGCUUAAAGGAAUUUCUAAUUAGUGUGAUUUCUGUCCCAGUAUGAUUUGAUUUAUAAAUUAAAUAAAUCUACUCAGUAAAA